GAGAUACGCCUUUUUUUUUUUUCUCGACUUGUUUCGGCUCCUGUCGCUCCCACUCGGCAAUUGAAUGGUUGUCUCGGCUUUUUCCGGAGAAAAAACGACUAAACACGCGUUUAUUGCGUUGCUAUAAUGAUGUCGGACCCAGUCCGACAAAGGACCUGUGAGGAAUAAUUGCAAUGUCGGACCCAGUCCGACAAUGGACCGCAAAUUAAUGUUGCUGUGUUGUUUUUUGCUAUGGAUGAUUUAUCUGAUUGCCCCUGCUAAUGCUUUAUUGUGCACACACGAGGUUGUUGCCUCUUCAUGGUUUUAAUAUCACCGGGUGUGUGUUAAUUUCUUUUUAUUGUUGGGAGUUCGCUGCACACGAGUUCUGAAGGAGUGACGUCGCUGUUUAUUAUAUUGUUGUUCUUGUUUCCCUGCAGCAUUGAUUGUUGGCCAAUCUGUAUCUAUCAUUUUGGGAUCCAUGGUGGUUGAUUACAUUAGUCACUUAAACUGUAAUUUCUGAUUAGAAUUCACUGUGUUGUUUAUGAAUUUGUGUGGAGUUUAUUGUUUUAAUUAAUAUAGUUUUCUGUUUUAACAAGAUAUAAACUGAAAACACACAAUGUGUGGGGUUUGUCAGUGUGUGCCUCGUAAUCACGUGACCCACGAUUUAAGACUACAGGGGGUGCGUUCACGAGAGGCAGACUUUGCUAAAUCUGCGCAGAUUCUGCAAAGAUUCGGAAAAUUCCUUGGCUACUUGCUACGAUUCUGUGCGGAUUCUGCGCAGAAUGACGGAAGUCCGCGUGUCGUGAACGCUGCCGAACUCUCUCCACACACAACACACAGCGUUCUUACGCCUGCCGCCACUCCUGCACACGUGAGGGGAAUACUGAACCUGGUAACAAAUUCAAAUCCAUGCGUUUCCAGCAGAUGUGUCCGUCCUCGCCUCUUGCUUUGCUCGACUACCUCUAAGAGAAAUGUGUUGGGCUUGUCUCUUCACCUCAGUGUUGCUAUUGUGUUUAAAUUGACACAUUUUUUUCUGCACUUGUAUUAAAUGUCGCUUCAUCUGUGAGACUGAGAAAUAAUUCUCAGACAAUAUUAUGUCUGUAGACCAAGAGAAAAUUCAUAAUACUGUUCUGUGACAAUGUGAAGCACUUCCAGUGUAUUUAUUUAUUUAUUUAUUUUUUAUUGCAUUUAUAUAGCGAUUUUUGUACAAGCGUUUCACAAAGCACUGUACAGUACAGAGCACAAAAAAAGAAAAAAACACAAUACAUUUCUAUAGCAUGCCACACAUACAGACCAUAAUAAUACAAAAGCAGCAGUUUUUAUGAAAGUGUGUUUUUGCUCUUGACAAUACUCGACCGUCCCCUCGCUAGAUUGCUCUGAUACUGUCUGAUACUGUCUGUGUGUGUGUGUGUGUGUGUGUGUGUGUGUGUGUGUGUGUGUGUGUGUGUGUUCUUGUCUCUCGCCUGUCCGGUGAGGAUGAAGAUGUAGUUUCAGUGUUUAAUGCUCAUCCCCUCAGUGUGUGUCUGUAUGUUCUUGUCUCUUGACAGGUCUGUGAGGAUGAGAAGGUCUCCACAGUCUGGAGUCUGGUCUCUGACAGGCUCAACAUACCUGUCAAUCAACAGGGACUCCUCUGCAAAGGCAAGGCGCUGGCAGGUCUGUGAGGAUGAGAAGGUCUCCACAGUCUGGAGUCUGGUCUCUGACAGGCUCAACAUACCUGUCAAUCAACAGGGACUCCUCUACAAAGGCAAGGCGCUGGCAGGUAGGCUGAACAGCACAGCACAGCACAGCACAGCGCAGAACAGCUCACCCCUCCUCUCACGCCUCGCCUCACCCCGGGUCAGUGUGACACAGCCUGCCUGCUCUUCUGAACAAACACUUCAGCCCUGCCGACGCAGUGAGAGUCUGGAGCAGCAACACAAGGAUUACGAGCGGAGGCUGCGCUUGUUGAGCCUGGAUGAUAUGGAGCGGCUUGCGACCCGCAUGCUUCACCCUGAGGCUGUGGAGUGCAUGGAGCUGUCCUUCCUGGACUGAGGAAUACUGCUGCUGCCCUCUCUUCUCCCCCUCUCCCCUCUCCUCUCCCCCUCUCCCCUCUCCUCUCCACCUCUCCCCUCUCUUCUCCCCUCUCCCCUCUCUCCUCUCAUCUGUACUCUCUCCUCCCCCUGUCCUCUUCUCUCCUUAGUUUGUUUAAAAGAAUAGAAGCACACCCAGUGAGCAAGGCAUUGAGCAGCCCCACAUCCCGCUUCACAAUACCGCUACAUAUUGACUGACUGUUCGCAUUGUGUGUGUUUGGUAAGACAAACCACAUUUUCUACUUCUACUUUCUACGAUUGGGCAAGUCAGCGGUUGUUUGAUAACAGAACAUAAAACAUUACAGAGCGGGUUGAACUGCAUUGCUGCAAAUCAAGGCCCUUUAAAAUGUGUACCUUCCCAGCUCAGGUAUUGCUGAGGUAAAGAGACACUUCCUACAGGAGGACAGGACGUUGUCAA